AAGGAAGAUCCUUCACUGUUUCCUUCUCAUUUGGCUUCACUGACAAGAUUAGUCCUGGGACAGGCCGGGUAUGGCAUUUCCAAUUCUUCUCGCCUCCAGUCAAGGGUAAUCACAGGGCACGGCCAGCGAUGGGAAGUACGCAGUGAAUAGGCUCAUCGUGCCGACAAAUGCCACGAGUAUGACAGGCGACAAUACAGGGGUAGCAACGCACACGUCCAGUUCUAAUGAUGUCUAUGCAGAAGAAACCGCUAUUGCUUCUCCUGGGUAUUGGAUGGUUCAGUUCGAACCCCUCAUCUUGGCCGCCACGGGUGGUGGCGGAACCCAGGCACACAGCAGAGCACUUCAGGGGUAUGCCUCCAGCGCCCGUCCUGAGAUACCACGAGGGACGAGCAUCGCGACUGCUUCCUUUCUUGGUACCCCAAGGAGAGGAACAGGUUUUCCGUCAUACUACGCUAGUAUUGUCGCUCUGCCCGAUGCGUUGGAUUGAACUUGCGGCGUGAUUGGCAUCCUUCGCGGGGAAUGCAGACCAAUAUAGCUGCGUUCCUUGGUGCCAGUGGCAUCCUCCACAUCCCGACGACUCAGUGAGGGCCGAUUCUGACAGAGACAAAUAACCGUAUGGAAGCAAUUAUCCAAGAAAAGAGACAUGUUUCGGCAAAGGGACUCGAGUAUGGCAAACGCCCUGCACCAUUGGUGUACCACGCGCCUUGGCGAGCG